AUGACAGCAUGUCGAUUGAGCACGAAUUCUUUUCUCUCCUCGAUUUGUAGAAGCUUCUUCGCUGGGUGUGGAGAAAUCGACGCUACCCAGGCUGGAAUCGCAGCUGGAUUGAGGAGCUGUGGCACCGAUCGAGCUCUCGAGGCCGGGAAGAAACUCCACGCGGCGAUCCAAUCCAACGCCCGGUUCGCUGGCGACGUCUAUCUCGCCAAUCUCGCGAUUCAAAUGUAUGGCAACUGCGGGAGCGUCGAGGAUGCCGCGAGAGCUUUCGUGGCGCUGGGCGAUCGGAGGAACUCCUUCUCGUGGAACAUCAUGCUCGGCGUGUUUGCUCGAAGUGGCGAUCCGGAGAGAGCCAAGGAGAUCUUCGAUGCGAUGCCCCGGAAGGAUGUGAUCUCCUGGAAUGCCACUGUCUCAGCCUAUGCCCAAAACGGGCAUAGCGCCGAGGCGAUGGUCCUGUUUGAUCGUAUGCCCCAGCACGACGUUGUCUCAUGGAAUGCGAUGAUCACUAGCUUUGGCGAUGGCUUCGACCCAGAGUCGGGAUUUAGGAUCUUCGCCGAGAUGGAGGAGCGCAAUCUCGUGUCGUGGAACGCGAUCCUCGAAGCGCAUACCAAGAGCGGGCAUCUGUCACAGUCGAUCAGUAUCUUCGAUAGAAUGCCGCAGAGGAGCGUAAUAUCAUGGAACCUGAUGAUCGCCGCAAACACGAGGCACGGGAAUCCCGACGAGGCCGAGAGAUUCUUCGAUCAAUCGCCAGAGCUGGAUGCCUUCUCCUGGACGACGCUCCUGACAUUGCGCUCGGAUCUCGGCCAGCUGCAAGAAGCUAUGGCGUGUUUCACCGCGAUCCGCCGCAAGAACGUUGUUACCUGGAACGCGAUCGUCGCGGCAUUCGCCGAUAACGAUUCUCUUGCCGAUGCCAAGCGCGCAUUCGAUCUGAUGCCUCAGCGCGACGCCAUCACCUUCACUUGCGUCGUCGCCGCCUCUGGAUUGAGCGGCUACGUCCAAGACGCCAUAGAAAUAUUUGCCCUCAUGCCCUGGAAGAACACCAUCUCUUGGAACACGAUGCUCGCGGUAUAUGCGCAAAAUGGCAUCCUGGACGGGGCGGUCGAGAUAUUCCAGCACAUUCCAGGCAAAACAUCCGCCACGUGGACAACCUUAAUCGUAGGAUAUUCUGUCAACAGGCGGCUGGAUGCUGCCACAUGGCUGCUCCAGAGGAUGCCACGUCAUGACGCUAUGACAUACGACGCUGUUCUCGAGGCGUUUGUGGAGAGCUCUCGUCUGGACGAGGCCAAGAACUUCUUUGACGUAGCGCCGAUCGCGAGCGCUUCGAGCUGGAGCACGAUGAUUGCCGCAUUCGCGAGUGAUGGGCGCAGGGACGAUGCGAUGCUGCUCUUCCAGAGAUCGCCGCAAUGGAGCAUCGCAUCGUGGAACUCGGCGAUCCAAGCGAAUGCCGCGGCUGGGGAAAUAGGGCGAGCCAUCGCGAUCCUGGAGGAGAUGCCCGGGAGGGAUUUGGCCUCCUGGACGAUCAUCAGUGUGGCAUUCGUUUCUAGCGGAGAUCCGGUACGAGGAAGAUCGAUUCUCGCAGAGAAUGUGAGCUUCAAAUCCAUCGCGUCUUGGAACACACUUCUUACUGCAAAUGCCCAGAACUGGCACAUCGCGGAAUCGCGAUUGAUCUUCGAGGAAAUGGAGCACCGCGAUGCUAGCUCUUGGAAUUCAAUCGUGUGCGCCUAUUUCUUGAAUGGAAUUCCGGAUCGUGCCACCGAUCUCUUCAGAAAAAUGCCCGCUUGGAAUGUGAUCUCGUGGAACACGAUGAUCACUGGCUACGCUCACAACGAUCGUGGCACCGCCGCGAUCCAGCUCUUCCGGACCAUGGACCUGGAAGGAUUCACGCCCGAGCGCGCGACAUUCAUUGCGAUCUUGGGCGCUUGCUCGAGCAUCCCGGCGAUCGAUGCCUCUUUCGUGGAUCUCAUCCAAGCCCUCGUCGUGGAUGCCGGCCUCCAUGUCGAUCGCAUCAUCGCCAACGCGCUCAUCAGCCUCUACGCCAAAUCGGGCAGCCUGGAGCGCGCCGCGAGGAUCUUCCACGCCAUGGCGGAGAGCGAUCACCGAGACGUGGUCACCUGGAACGCGAUGAUCGCGGCCCACGCCCGGAGCGGCAAUGGCAAGCUCGCGAUCUGGACCUUCCACGCGAUGCUACUCGAGGGGCUGAUCCCCGACGCCAUCACUCUGAUGGUCGUGCUCUCGUCGUGCAGCCACGCCGGGCUCGUCGAUCAGGGCUGGCAGAUCCUCGCCUCGGCGAUCGCGGGCGAUCACAGUCUAGCGCUCACGGACGAUCACUUCGCGUGCCUGGCGGAUCUCCUGGCGAGGUCGGGGCGGCUGGGCGAGGCGGAGGAAGUGGUGACCAGCAAGAUCGUGAAUCCCGGCGAGGUGCUGGGGUGGAAGACGCUGCUGGGCGCUUCCAAGAAUCACGGAAACAUCGAUCUGGCGACGCGAUCGGCCGAGUGGCUGUUUCGUCUCGACCAGAAAAGCUCCGCCGCGUCUUACAUUUUGCUGUCCAGCGCCCUGGAAAACGCUAGUCAACGAAGUCAAUGCUAG